GCGAUCUCAGCCACUUGAAGUCCUCGACUGUCACCAUGUCUGCGCCUUCGCCAUUCACCGCCGUCCAUCGGAAAUACGUGCAAGGUCUCUACAGGCGGUAUCUCAACAAUGAGCUGAAUUGGACUAUCAACCGUAAUGCUUGGAGGGGGAGGGCCAUCGCCGUUCGUGCUGAAUUCGAGCGAAACCGGAAUGUACACGAUCCACGAGAGCUAUCCGCGAUCCUGCAGAAAGCUGAGGCUGACUUGGCUGAACGGUUGCACCCCGAUCCUUACCGACCACCUGAGGCUGUCGACGGGACGAAAUGGGAACGUAACCUGCCCCCACCCAUCGGUCCUAUCUUUGACCAUGAGAAGUACAAUUCCGACCAUGCUCGUGGGCAUGGUGAUGGUCCCCAUUGAUUGCGGUCGUACCAGUGUAUCCACCUGCAAUGCUCAAUAAUUCAUACAGAGCUGUGCUGUUCUGCAUCACUAUGUCAGUGGUUUCAGAUUGGGUGUCAUGCCUGGCGACAAAGCCCAAAUCAAUCCCGGCGUUUCGCGCAUGACCUAGGCUUAUCUACCAGCUUGCCUUUUGCGAGUGUUCCUCGCGAAGGGACCGAGAAACGUCGCCCUAAGUUUGCUUCGGUGAGCGUUAUACCUUCUUUGACUCACCUUCGGGAGAAUAGCGA